CGUCGGGUGGUGCUGGUCAUCCCCUCCAAAUUUCUCCUUGAGACUUAGUUGUGCUGUCAGCCUUCUGUGCCAAGUUCCAUCUUAAUUGGACAUCCAGUUUAGUUUUUGAAGCAGGAAUUUGUAUUCUAUAAUAACAAGAUAUCAUCAAGAUGACAAGCUACGAUGAAGAGGCCGCCAUCAAUCCAAAGGCCGUUGGCAAUAAGUCAAGUCUCCUGAAGUACAUCAUAGGAGGAGGUGUUCUGGCUGUAGUUGGUGUUGUGGCGGUAAUGGUCAGUCUGCAAGUCAGUGGAAAUCUUGUAAAAUCAGAAGCAAAUACAUUGGCAGCUCAAAGUAGUGGUGCACAAAGAGGAGACCGUCUGGAUCUCGACAACGAUGACGACCUCGAAGAUGAAAUUAAAGAGAUCGACGACAAGUUUAAGAAGGAGUUUGACACCCUACUGGAUAAUGUUAUCCAGGAAGUUAACAAGCAGCUUAAAGCUGAUUUAAAUGGUGGUGCUACAGCUGGAGGUGUAAACAAUGGUGGAGAUACGGACGAGAGCAGUAAUGACACUGAUGAAGAUAAUGAUGUUAAUGAUUUAGUUGAUGGUUUACAAGAUGAUACCACAGACAGCUCUCAAGUUGCUAAAGAAGUGGAAGAAGCUUUGGUAAAAGCUUUGGUAGAAGCUUUGGAUUCAAACUCUAUCGAUAAUGCUGAAGAUGUCGCUGAUGAUAUUGCAGACAAAGUUGACGAUAUUAACAAUGCUGUUAAGGAUGCUGUGGAAGAUUUAGUAGAUGUAGAUGCUAAUUUAGACGUAGAUGAUAAUAACAGCAAUGAUGCCAAUGACGACAUAAAUAAUGCAGAUAUUUAAUAAAUUUAAGACCUAUUUUAGAUUAUAUUCAAUAAUUUAUAUUUUUAUACUAACUAGGUUGUUUUCAAACCAAUCUGAACUCGGAUAGUGCAAUGUAUGGAAAUGCAGGGACCGCAAAAACGUUCGUCAAACGUUAUUCUACAAUUACAAAUUCUAUAUUUAUGCUGUAUGAAAGCACUCUAUUUUUGUCUCAUAUUUGGAUAGGAGUGGUAUAAUAUUGUAUGUCUGUGUGUUCAAAUGUAGAGUGAAAUCCAUUGAAAACUAUAUGCAUAUAUUAUGUUAAAUGGCAGGGGCGCCCCAGAUUAUGUUCGGCAAUACCAUCAAGCCAUUGAAUCGUUAAUAAAUGUUGCCAUUA